CAAUUGUAAUAAUUGCUCUGUUCAGUAUUAGUGUUCCGUUGCUUUCGUGCGGACAAUGGACACAAUGUUCCCCGCUUACCAUGAUCUCGGGCUUACCGUUCCGUGACGUGUAGAUCGAUUUCUAAGCAGGCAGGAGCACCUAAGACAGAGCUCCCAUGUAACCCCUCAUUGAUGCAUGCACGCUGACAGAUGUCACUACUACGGCCACUUAUAUUCCAGGUCCCUGGGCUCAUCACUCGAAGCUCGCUACAAGCUCCCAGACACCAAUUGCGAACCCUAUUCCACACCUCGACCAAACGCACGCAACAAGCACUCACCAAGAUGGCUGACGAACGACCCACAGGCCUGAAGGCGAGCAAAGGCAUCGAACUGCUCACAUGGGGAACGCCGAACGGCUGGAAAGCCUCAAUUCUGUUGGAAGAGCUUAAGGAUGCAUACGGCAAGGACUACACCUGGCAGGGCGUCAACAUUGGCCAGAACAUCCAGAAAGAGGAGUGGUUCACCAAGCUGGGGCCAAACGGACGAAUUCCUGUCAUCGUCGACCACGACAAAGGCAGCUUUCCCGUACAAGAAGGGCUUGCUAUCUUGUCCUACCUAACACGUCACUACGACCCCGAGCACAAGUUUAGCUUCGCUGACGACCUUGACGUUUCCCGCGCUGAACAAUGGAUGGCAUGGCAGCAUGGCGGUCUUGGCCCUAUGCAGGGACAGGCCAACCACUUUAAUCGCAUGGCAAAGGAGCGUAUUGCAUACGGCAUGCAGAGGUACACAGGCGAGACUGAGCGUCUUGCUGGGAUUCUCGACACGCAACUCAAGAGUAACGAAUACCUCGUCGGCAACAAGUACAGCAUUGCUGAUAUUGCCAACUUCGGUUGGGUUCACAUCCUCCGGUUCUCUGGUAUCGAGUUUGACGAGUUCCCUCAUUUGAAGGCUUGGUGGGAGCGUGUUCUGGCUCGCCCGGCUGUCCAGCGCGGUCUGGAUAUCCCGUCGAAGUCUGGCUACGGCAACGAUUCCUAUCUGCAAAAGCUGAAGGACGACAAAGAGUUUGCUGAGAAGGAGCACCAGCUCAAAGAGCAAAUCAAGGCGGCAAAAGAACAGUACGGAUACAAGUUCUCUUCUCCAUGAGCCACCAGUCGUAGCGAACUGCGCAAUGCGGCGCUGAUCUAAUCUAUAAUUGCCAGGAGAAGAAUCAAAUCAUACUAUCCAAAUAACAGGCCCCUUCAUCCACCCAUGCCAUCAAUCGUAAGAUUGAACAUAAUCAAACUGCCUCAAAGUGUCCGGUG